CUUAUGUGACACCGGUCCGGUGGUAAGUUUCUGAACACAUUACGAUAUCACGGAAACCAAGAAAAUAUAAGUAAUUUAAAAACGUGGGUUUAUAUUAGAGCCUGUUCCGAUGAACAUGUCUGUAAAGCUGAAGCGUCGAGUUGACUAGUUCAGACUAACAGACGCCUCUCAGCUGAAAACCUGCAGCACUGAAGACUCAGCAUGACCGAGCAGAGGCUGCUGUUUAUAGAUAUUGAACCAAAGUCAAACAGCUCCGCUCCUGCCAACACCAGAGCUGAGAAUCCCCUCUGGACUCGCAGUGACAACACCUUCAGAUUUAACUUCCUCUCCGACAACUCGCCAGCACUUCAAGAGAAAACAACCCCAUCAGACGGCACUGAAGCAACACCGAGCAAAAUAUCCUUUACAGGACAGGGCUCUGCUUUUGCCUUCAACUUUCAAAUUUCUCCUGUGGAAGACAUGGACACAACAGAGACUCCAGACACUUCUUCUUUAAGCGUCCAACAAUGUGUCCAAGAGGAGAAGCCUUCCCCGCUGCAGGAGGCUAACUCUUCAUCUGAGCCGACAGAGCAAUCACAAGCAAAGAAGAAGAAGAAGAAGAAAUCUGCAAAGAAAAACCCCUCAGAUAGCGCAGAGACUGCGCCAGGUUCAGCUGAGGGGAGUCAAGGAGGCGAGGACGCAGAGCUGAGUGCAGAGGAGCAGCUGAACAGACAGCUGGACUGGUGCAUCGAGCAGCUGGAAUCAGGGAUGAGGUCCCAGAAGAAUACACCGAAACAGAAGGAGGAAGCCUCUCGUGCCCUGAAGACUCUACGAAGCUCCAAAGCUCCUCUGGCCAAGAAGAGGCAGGUGAUGAGAGCCAUGACUGGAGACUACAGGAAAAAAAUGGAGGAUGAGAAGAGCAAGCAGUACAAACUCAUUCAGAGCGAAAUCGCAUCGGCUCAGGUCAAAGUCGUGUCAGAUUCUCCAAAGAAGUCUGUUUUCCACCGGAGAGCUGACGUCAAAAGCCAUACCCCAACCACUGAGGAGAACCUGCAACAAACCAGAGCCCAGGAUACUGACUUAAAAGGACAGACACAGGAACAGACAUCAGCCUUUGUCUUUGCUCCAUCAAAGGAGGAGUUUCGCUUCAAUUUCCUACCCUGAACACACAAUUCACUGCACAUUAUGUUGGACUGGGCCCGUGGACUGUGACUGUGAGCUGCACUGGAGAUAAUGGGAGAUAAACAGUCACAAAAGUUGCAGUCACAUACGUAAAAUCUUAAAAUGCUGACAGCUUAUGCCAUAUAUCUAAAUAAAGAUUUUGUAUUUUUGUCUGGAUGGUA